AUGAAAGUCCAACUUCAAGCAUUUUUGGCAGCUGUGCUCAUGGUCUGCCUGAUGGCGUACAUCCACAUCGGGUUAGAAAUCCGUUUCGACAUCAAUUUCAAUCUCACCUCGACGAGACCAUGCGGGUGUAACCGGUGCAUCGUGGAGCUGAAUGAGGACCUGUGGUUUACUGAGCAUUUUAACAGCUCUGUGCCCAUAAUGCUGAACAGCAGGAACUACAACCUCAGUAAUUCAACACGGACGUGGUGGAUGAGGCUACAACGACACAGGAGCAACAAAAACUACGACGUAGUUAAAGAUACCCUGUUCUCCCUGUUCCCUGAUAAGGAAUACUACAACGACUCCAGUCAUGACCGCUGCAGAACCUGCGCUGUGGUGGGAAACUCGGCCAACCUUAACAGCUCUAUGUACGGUCCUCUGAUAGAUGCACAUGACUUCGUUUUAAGGAUGAAUCAGGGUCCCACUAAAGGCUUUGAGCAUGACGUGGGGACACGCACUACGCACCGAGCCAUGUACCCUGUGAGUGCUAUGGACAUGGAUAACUCCACCCAUAUGGUCAUGCUGCCCUUUAAGGUUGUAGACCUGCAAUGGCUCAAAAGCAUCUUCACGACCAAGCACAUUAAACGCACACAUAUAAAAGUAAAAUCAACAAUAGAAGCAAAUAAAGACAAGGUGAUGAUCAUGAACCCUGCGUUCAUGCAAUACGUCCAUCAACAAUGGUUGCAGGGAAAGGGUAGAUGUCCAUCUACCGGCUUCUUCAUGCUCAUAUUCUCUCUACACAUCUGUGAUCAGGUGAACGUUUUUGGAUUCGGGGCUGACAAAAAAGGAAGAUGGCUCCAUUACUUUGACAACAGACAUCGUCCAGGUCUUAACACCGGAAACCACAAAGGCAGCUUCGAACACAACAUCCUGCUGGAUCUUCACAGGAAAAAUAAGAUUACAAUGUAUAAAGGAUGGUAA